AUGCCUGGAAUACAGGGAUUGCAAGCUGUGUCUGUUCAUGAAGACAGUGGAUACUCCUCUCUUCUGUGUACUCCAGGUGAUAGUGACUCCAGUUUGGAUUUGGGUCACAACUGCAACUCUCCAACUUCUCCCCUGUGGAAUGGCAUGGGAACUGAACCGAGAGACGGACUUCUUCCAGCUCGUGAUUUUGAAAGAGCGGUGUGUUCCACAUUAAGGAAAAAUAGUCGUAAGAUGUUCACCAAUAGUUUGAAGUGGCUUGUUUCAGGAAGUUGCUUUGGGCUUGAGAAUCUUAUUGGGAAAAAAAUGGGCCUUGAAGCUGUGGACAUUGUAAGUGAACUUUGGAAAAGGAAGAUGAAGCACAUCUUAGGAAAGAUACUCAGAUACCUUGGUGAAGCUGAUGUCGUAAGGUUUGCAAAAGUGAGCAAAACGUGGCAAAAGAUCAUACUAGACAAUAAAUGGACAAAUGAAAUUUAUAGUACAAAUAUAAACAAUGAGGAAUGUAGAGCAAAUCACUCUGAAGAUUCUUUGACAAGAGAUUUCUCUUCAACUAGAGCAACUCUGCACACUGUCCAGAAAGCAACAUGUAGGCAUCUUGCCCCCAAGGAGAAAGAGUUAGUACAGCUCAGUCAUUCACAACAGAUGAAGCAUACCAAAGAAACGCCCAGUAGAUAUGAUGAGUUUCGUCAGGUGGCUUCAACAUUAAGGAAAGACCAGUCUCUCAGAACAUGUGUACGUUGUGGGUCACCUGCAAAAUUGGAUUCUUUUCUCCAAAGAGCAAAAUGCAAUCGUGCAGGCUGCGGAUUUGACUUUUGUACUAAAUGUCUUUGUGGUUACCAUGAAUCCAGACUGUGCACAGCGUAUUCACCAAAGCAGAUUCUAAAGGUGGAUUGUUUGCCAGGGAGCAAAAAAAGUAAGAAGAACCUAAAACGCUUGUGAAGGACGUUGCUGAUCUUCAAACAUCGGGUAUAAUACCCUAUAGGCCUUCCACUGCCCUAACGAGGUCUUCGGUUCACUUUCGUAGUGGAAGAAUGGUGGAUAGCCGGAGAUGACCUGUUUUGUAAAAUCCACCAUCACAGUAGUCGGCUAAGGGCUGCUGCUGUUACUGCUUUUUCAUUCUUGCAGUGUGUUGGUGGGUAGCUGCGCAAUCUAAUGUGCACACUGAACUGGAAGUGUCAGAGAAGGUCAGGUAGUGCAAAGAAGUAGACAAGGCAGUUGGGUUUAAGGACCCACGCGCGCACAAUUGUCCUGAAAAGUCAAUUUUUGUAUUUAUGCCAUUCUGUAAUUUUACAAACUUUUUUUAUACUGUGAAGGCAGUGUGGCAUGUAAUCUUUUUAAUUAAUUUUUAAACCCUAAAUUUCUUAUACACAUCAGGACCUGCUUAAUAUUUGAUUAGUCAGGGGAUCUUGUGUAGAAAUACUUUUUUGCUGUAGAAUGUUUUAUACUGGCUUUGUUCGCCAGAGUUUUAGGCUGCAAGUUUUCCUGCAGUCCUACAAUGAAAAUAGCUGCUGUACUUUUCAUUUGAAAAAUGCCUUAAAUCUUUUAACAUAAGGAAGGAGUGCAAUAUUGGAUUUUAUAGCAGUCGUACCAUUCCCUUGUAGCUAACCCAUAAUGGUAAGCAUGCAGUGCUAUUAGGCUUUUCUCUGAAGCCUUAACUGAACUGUUAAAUGUUUCUUUUACUUUUGCACUAUGCAGCUAAAAGUCUCAUGGCUAAAGAAAUGCUCAGUACCUCAGCAUAAGCAUGCAGGAGUGCAUCUAGUGAAAGUUUUGAGGAAUUUGUGUGGCGAAAUUGUGAAGCUGUGGUACCCCUCCCCUCAAAAAAAUUUUGUCCAGGCAAUCUAUUCGCAAAGGCAGAGAUUUGUAUAUUUUAUAUGUAUUGUAAAUAGUUAAAUAUAUAUUUUUAAGAGUUGUAUUUGUUCAGGUAAAAUAAAAUAUAGUAAGAACUUGUUAUUUUGCAUUGAUUUCUCAAGUGUGUGCCCUUGGGUGAAAAGGGUUUACUUUGUUAUUGAGACUAGGUUAAUAUGUGGCAUUAAAUUUUCUGUGGAUGAA